GCAGUUGACUGUCACUGGUGGCCGCUUUUCACCUGUCUUCCGUGCGUCUCCUUCCGCCCACGGGCACGUUCAGUGGCAGAAAAGCUUAGUGGAGCGGCGUGUCGCUCCACAACCUUUGAGUUUCAUGUCCGUGACGGUGGUUGCGCUUCGUGGAGGUUCUGUAUCGAUGCUCUCCACCUGUCGUGAUAUUUCCUUCGCACUCGUCGACAUAUUUGGAAGCAAUGAGAGCCAUAGUGGGGCUUUUGCACUACGUGGGACUUUUCGUGCAACUUAACGCGGCACUCAGUGUCGGAACCAGUGGGCUGGACAAUCGUUUAUCUGGAAAUGCUCUGUUCACAGAGGUGCCCCACGACAUCACGACACAGAGCGGCGAGGAUGUCGAGAUGGCGUGCUCCUUCCGCGGGGCAGGUUCUCCCUCUUCCUUGGAGAUCCAGUGGUGGUACACCAAGGACCACAAUGACUGGCCCAAGAAACCUGCGCAUAUCACAAAUGAUGUUGUUCCUCUGGAGGAAACCUUGAAAGAUGCCACUAAAAUUAGUGUGGUGAAAGUGGCCGGCAGCAACAUUUCACACAAACUGCGCCUGUCCAGCGUAAAGACAUCAGACGAGGGCACCUACGAGUGUCGCGUCAUUGACUUCAGCGGCUCUGUGACGCAGCGCCAUCAUGUUCGGGCCUACCUCCGUGUGGAGCCUCGUCGUGGUUCAGACGUCCAGGUCCUUGGGUCGGGGCAUCGGUCAGACCAGCAGGGAGGCCGGCAGUGGAGAGAGGAAGAUGAAAAGGAGAUGAGGUCACAGCGCUAAUGACUGCACUGCACCGCAGAGGAUGAAGUCUGCUUGUUAGUGUGCAUGUUGAGGACUGAACAGGAAAAGAUCAUCAUCAUCACUGAGAGAUGAGGCAGUGCUCACAACUGGUCUCUUUGUGCACCGCUAUUUAUUUGUAUACAUUGUUGCAGUGUUGUAAAAUUCCAGGACAAAAAACAUUUUAAUCAAAAACAUGUUCAAUGCAUUUGCUUUGUUUUAAAUGUGAAAUUGUGGAUGUUGUUUUUAUGAGUAAAAUCUCUUUCUGCAGUUUUGUUUUUGUAAAAAGGUGAUCGUUACGAGUACCAAGAAAACCCGGCCGAGCAUUUUUUUGAAUGUGCAAUUAAACUGCAAUUGAAAGGAAAGAUCCACCCAUUUUUAUGGACCACUUUUCCUCAUUAGGGCUGCAGAACUGGAAAUUAUUCCAACUGACUUUAG